GAAAAGAUCACAGACUCCAUGUUGUUCUGACUGCUCAGGACUCUGAAGCCAAUGUUCACAUCCAGGUGGCUUCGGUGGGUUUCUCCAGGCGGCUGACUCUCUCUGCAGGUGAAAGCCGUUGGGUUUCUCUGCCAUGUGGAUCUGAGCUGCAGCAGCAAUUUGUUACUGAAAACUCAGCAAUUCGAAUCACAUCUAGUGCUAUAAUCUCAGUGGUCUCUUUCAACCGUCGCUACAGAACAGGAGAUGGUGCUGUGGUCUCCCCAACAAACGAGUUGGGUACUGACUACUUUGUGUACACACCCUCAGGAGGCAUGACUUGCAUGGACAAGCUACUGGCUAUUGUUAAUGGCAAUAGCCAGAACAAGAUCACUAUCUCACCUGGUGCUAAUUUGAGGCUAAGGGGAGGGUCUAGGUGGCAACGUGGGAAAGCAAUAACUAUUACCCUGAAACCCUAUGCAUCCUACCUUGUACGAAGUCAUAAAACUUUGACAGGCACGCGGAUUCAAUCCCAGAAGCCCAUUGCUGUCUUAGUGGGCCACCAGUGUCUGGCAUUGGGUCGUGGGUGUGAACAUGUGUAUGAACAGCUCCCCCCUGUGGCACUUCUGGGUAAAGAAUACAUGGUACCCAGGACUGGCAGCUGUAAGGCCACAAACUGGGCCAUAAUAGUAGCUGUUGAAGACAACACUGAGGUGACGCUGCACAAGGCCCUAAACUCAAAAAAACAGAGGCUAAGGAGACCUGGGGACGUCACCUCAGACAAACUACUCUUCAAACAGCCACUGGUUGUCAAGAGCAACAAGAAAGUAAUGGUACUGCUUCUCAGCAACAACAGUCCAUAUGACCCUUUUCUAAUAACAGUGACUCCUACCAGCAGGCUUGCCACUGAUUGGGCGGUUGAUACAGUUGGUGGACUUUACAGUACUGUUUCUGUUCUAUCAGAGAGGGAGGGGGCAGGCAGUGUAAAAGUGUGUGUGAAUGGACAGUGCCUCUCACCUAAGUGGAUAAAGCUCCUGGCAGAUCAGCGCUGGGUGUGGUCAAAUGUAGCAGUGGGGAAACAGCAGAGUCAUGUGACAGUGGAAGGUGAUGCCCAAAUGGCAGUCUACGCCUAUGGUCAAGAAACCCGCCAUUCGUAUGGUAUUGCUGGAGUUUGUUCUGAAGGUGCCCCCUCUCCUACACUACCCCCGGAUCCCUGUGAAGACCUAAAAUGUCGAGUAAAGGAACGCUGUGAGAACGGAAAAUGCGUCCAUGUCUCUACAGCAACCUGCCGUGCGAUGGGUGACCCCCACUACCAGACAUUUGAUGGUCGACGCUAUGACUUCCAGGGUUCCUGCACAUACAUUAUGACGACAGUUGAAAAGCUGGCAUCUGACCUCGUGCCUUUCACUGUGACAGCCAAGAAUGACCACCGAGGUAACCGCCGAGUUUCAUAUGUGAGGACUGUAACUGUCAGCGUUUACAAGCAGACAAUUAUCAUCGGCAGACACAGACAACAAAUACAGGUGAAUGAAGAACUGCAGUACUUGCCUGUCAGUUUGUUGGAUGGUAAGAUCUCUGUGAGGCAGAGUGGAAGCUAUGCCUCCCUUACCACUGACUUUGGCCUGCAUGUAAGAUAUGACUGGAACAUGAGGCUGUACAUUACAGUGCCUUCAUCCUACUAUGAACACCUAGGAGGCCUCUGUGGAAACUAUAAUGGAGACAGGAGCGAUGACCUGCCUGUACCAAAAGGCUCCAGUCUCUCUGCUGUGCUGAAGAUGAUUCAAAAGUGGAAGACGAAUAAGUCUGACCAGUUCUGUCAUGAUAACUGUGCUGGUCGCUGUCCCACAUGUUCACCAAAGCAGCAGACCCACUAUCGUAGGCCCAAAUUCUGUGGCAUUCUGACAGAGUUAGAUGGACCAUUUUCAGCCUGCCACAAAAAAGUUGACUCCUCUGUGUACCUGGACAACUGUGUCUAUGAUGUCUGUAUCAAUAAAGGUGCCAAACAGAUUCUUUGUGAUAACCUGAAGAGUUAUGGUGAUGCCUGCCUGUCAGAGGGAAUGAAAGUCAACCCUGAGUGGAGAAUGGUUACCAAAUGCCACCUCUCCUGUCCAAAAGGUAGCCAUUAUGAGGCAUGUGGUUCACCCUGCCCUGCCUCCUGCACGUCCCUGGACAUUGAAGAGCUGUGUAAAGGCCCUUGCGUGGAGGGAUGCCAGUGUAAUAAAGGAAUGGUGCUUAGUGGAGACAGAUGUGUUCCUAAGUCUAGCUGUGGAUGUCAGUAUCAGGGCAGAUAUUAUCCAGCAGCCACCACUUUCUGGGGCGAUAACACCUGCACAACCAUGUGUAAAUGCCUUAAAGGGAAAGCCAAGUGCAAAUCGGUUACCUGUAAGAAGAAUGAGCACUGUGCCUUAAAGGGAGGUGUUAGGGACUGCUACCCAACAUCCUACGCAACAUGCCAGGCCACUGGAGACCCCCAUUACAAAAGCUUUGACAAACAGCGGUUUGAUUUCCAGGGCACUUGUACCUAUGUCCUGUCCCAAGUCAUCAAGGGAUCUGACCUGGACCUGGAACCAUUCCGAGUACUGGUCCAAAAUGACAACAGAGGGCGUAACAAGGCUGUGUCUUAUACCAAGUCAGUCUCUCUUACUGUAUUCUCUAACAUCACUGUCAGCAUGAGUCGUGCCAGACCAGGGAUAAUACUGGUAAACAGUCAGUCAGUGAACCUGCCGUUCUCUUUAGAAGAUGGCACGCUUUCCAUGUACCGGUGUGGCUACUUUGGCGUUGUGAAAACAUAUUUCGGGUUGACGCUCAGGUUCAACUGGAACAGCCACGUCAGCUUGACUUUGCCCAGUUCAUACUCUGCUGCUACAGGGGGCUUGUGUGGAAAUUACAAUGGAAAACCUGGUGAUGACUUAAUGAAACCUGAUGGCACCCAGGCUAAACACAUUAAUGCAUUUGGACACAGCUGGAAGGCAGGAGGAGAUGCUGGCUGCACCAGUGACUGUCCUGGUGGUAAAUGUCCUGAAUGUGAGCCUGCACUACUACUAAAAUACCAACAGCGGCACUACUGUGGUAUCAUUUCUGACAAGCUUGGACCAUUUAGACAGUGUCACAGUAAACUGGACCACACCUCCUUCCUCACAGACUGUGUCUUUGAUUUGUGUAUGUACCAAGGCCAUGCCUCUGCCCUAUGCAACAGCCUAUCAGCUUACAGCACCUCCUGUCAACAGGCCAGAGCUACAGUGGAGAGUUGGAGAUCUGAACAGUUUUGCCCUCCAUCAUGUGGUGCAAACAGUCAUUAUGAGGUGUGUGCACCACCCUGCCAGCAAACCUGCAGUGGUCUCACUCCUCCUGAGGGCUGUGAUGAGAGUGCAGCCUGCAGUGAAGCCUGUGUGUGUGACGAGGGAUUCAUGUUGAGUCAUGACAAGUGUGUGCCUCUGGCAGAGUGUGGCUGUCAGUACGGAGGACAGUAUUAUCAAACUGGACAGGUGUUCUAUCCAGGAGAGUCAUGUAACCUUCGCUGUGUGUGUUCAGAAGGAGGAGAUACACAAUGUGAUUCUAACUUUCAGUGUUCAACCAGCGAGAAGUGUAUUGUGGAAGGGGGUUUUGCCUCCUGUUCUCCCAAAACUAUUGGUUCCUGUUCUGUAAGUGGAGUCAGGACUGUCAGGUCCUUUGAUGGACAGGCGUAUCCUCUGUGGGGCAACUGUUUAUUCACAUUGGCAGGAGUGGAGGAGAAGGACGGAGGUAUGGCAGCCUUCUCUCUAUAUGUACAGCAGAAAACCCAUAAGGAUGGUACUGUCGUUCGCAGUGUGGAGUUGCAGGUCUAUGACAUGGAAAUCACUAUGGAGACUGGUGUUGUUUGGGAAGUCAAGGUUGAUGACAUCAGAGUCUCCCUUCCUGUGUCUCUGGCUGAUGGAAAAGUGCGAGCACAUCAAAAUGGCAUCAACAUCAUCAUUGAAACUGACUUUAAUCUGAAGCUGAGCUAUGACAGUGUGGCAGGCGUGUUACUACAAAUCCCAUCCACCUUUGGCAGCUCCCUACAUGGUCUCUGUGGAAACUUUAAUGGUAACCUGACUGAUGAUCUGGCAUCAGGAGGUAAGGGUCCGUCAGACACAGCAGCAGUUUGGGUAGCAAAGAAGGAUGACACUCCAUGUGACACAAGCUGUGGUGCCAGUUCCUGCCCUGGGCCAGAUGAACAGAAGGUCCCAGAAGCCAAAAAGGCCUGUGACAUCAUCAAAGCUCAGCAAGGCCCAUUUGAAGGUUGCCACUCAACAGUGUCCCCAACUCCUAACUACGAUGGUUGUGUCAGGCAAGGAAAUAUUUGA